GAUGUGAUUUCGAGCAUCCCUGCCUGUCCAAUUCACUACAAUCCUUAUGGCAGAAAUCCACGUCGCUACCUUUACCUUCAGUCUAUUCUUUCCCUUUACGUGAUCAUACUGUACUUGUCGGUAUCGGUUACUCAGAGGGUGACUAGCUUGCUCAACGAGCAACCUCAUCAUGCCCAGCGCCUUGAUCACCCUCCAAACGCAGAGACCACAUCAAUGAUAUCAAAAUGUUUCGUUUGACACCGCCUCAGCGACAGAGUGAGGAUGUCAAGUACUCUCCCUCGCUGUCACGAUCUUCCAGGUCUCUUUCCCCCACGUCUGUUACGACACUUACACUCUUUUUAGUUCGUUCUCUCUUUCGUUCUUCUGGGACCGGUCCCCUCCUGUCUGCAUCGGCCAGACUUCAUUCUUGACCAGGCGCAGGACGACCCUCUUACUUUGCUUUUCCGACUUCUUCUCCUUAGGUCCCAGAUUUCCCUUUUCCUUCGUAUUCUUUCAACCUAUUCCAAUUCGCUUAUCGAAUAUGUCCCAAGCGUUGCUUCAGAAGUUCCAGAACGGACAGGCCUCUGCCCUCAUUGCCGUGAUUGUCUGUGCUAUGCUGUCUAUCCUAGCGAUUAACUUCGUUUGGAUUCGUGCCAUUGGUGUCGCUCUCUAUGCUCGCGUCAAACGAGUCAGCUCUCAGGGACUCACUCGCGAGCAGGUUUUCUUUCGCACCCAAUUGGGUCUCUAUAUUGUUUCUCUUCUGUUGGGUAGCCUAUUGAGCAAUAUUGGUUAUGCGAUCAACAUUACCUGGGUGUCUUUGGGUGGCAUACAGCAAGGCACUCUCUGCAGCACGCAAGGUGCCAUGACCCAAAUCGGUGAUACUGCAUCAGCAUACUUCACUGCAGCCAUUGCUGUCCACACUUUUUGCACGCUCGCUCUUCGUAGCCGUUUGCCUCCAUGGCUCGCGUAUUUUGCUAUCUUAUUGGGCUGGCUUCUGAUUCUUGCUGCAGGCGUUAUCCCUGCUGUGCUUCCGGUUUCCACUGGCCCUAUAUACGGUACCGAUGGCUCUGUAUGCGGUAUUUCCCUUCAGUACCCCAUAGUGCAGACUUUGCUUCACCUUGUUCCGAUCUUUCUUGCUGCACUCGUGUCGGCUGUCUUCUACUCCCUCAUCUUCCUGAUUCUCCGUGGCACCUUGAGUAUCAAGGGUGGUCUCAAGUUCACUCUGGACCCGAUUGAACGUUGGAGUGCUCAGAUAGGGACUGUCGAAUAUCACAAGUUCAUCGGUGCGAUUGCUCAGAGCAUGCUUUGGUAUCCUAUUGCUUACGUUCUUUUCAUCCUCCCUCACAUCAUUGUUUGCCUGUUGGAGACCUCCGGCUUCGCCGCUCCCUUUGCAGUGAAGGUAUUCGCGAUCGCGUGCUCUGCUUUGAAUGGUGUCACGAAUGUCUUGAUAUUCUACAACACCCUCCGAGUUAUGGGCCCUGCAUUUACCAACUCGAGCUCCAAAAGUGAUGAUGCUGAGAAGAGCUUUGGAACACGAGAGAACAGCUCCCCAGUCGAUGUUGCACCUUCUGUUUCGGUCGUUCUUGCUCAUAGGGCUUUCCCACCACCGAGGUCCAUGACUUCUCCUACUCACUCUCGUGACACCUCUGUCAUCAGCAUGAGUGGAGACUCUACUCGGCAUUUGCUUCCUCCCCGACCGGCGCACGGACGAUCAGGCAGCGCUACAACAGCAUCAUCCAUGCAGCGAUCCAUCACUCCUCUUUCUAACCUCGAAAGACUCAGCUCAGUUCGUUCAAGCAGUUCCACUGGAUCCGGUCUCCCCGCACCUCGCCGAGAACGCCGUUCUCCCGUCAUUCGCCGCCCAACCAUGACCAUCGAAGUCCCUUCUCGAGAUGAUGAUCCUUUGACCCCAAUCAACCUGCAAACACCUGCACCUGGUACCAACACUGCUCGCCGCGCCCGAAAUUCCUUCAUGAAGAUGUACGGCUCGAACUCUGCCGUCAUCUAUGAUGACAAGGCCCAACGCCUGACGUUUGGCGGAGAUGACAUUCACAGUGCAUCUCUUUCACGCAGUGCUGGAUCUCCCUCUUACAGCUCUUCCUCGAGCGACUUCAGCAGCUCUGCUGCUAUUAGCGACAACGACGUUCCCCUCAGCCCCUUCAUGGGCGAGCUCGUUAGGCGCACCUCGCAGGCUACUCGUUCACCUACUCAUCAGAGGUCAGCGUCUGAGCUGCGCACCCCUGCUGGGGGUAUGUCGUCUCUCGCUGUGGCCACCUUGAAGAGAAACGAGAUGGCAGCAGGUAACUCCCCUUCACGUCUGAAGGCUUCUCGUAGGCGGUCCAAGUCAAUGGAAGCCCUGAAGCCCGCAGCCCCUCCCCGUCCACCGCGUCCUAACACGCCAACCGCACCAAGGACUGGCUCUUUGUAUAGCACCGCCGAUGUUACCUCGCCGUUGUCUGCUGUUAUGAAUCGCGCGCCUUCCACGCCUAGAUCCGCCAGAGCACCCAUUGCCACCCUUCACAAUGUACCAUCACGCACUCCUACUGUCCGCACGGCAAUUCCCCAUCCUGAGGGCCGUGGAUACUUCUGAAUUAUGAAUCCAUUUGUCCGGGACGAUUCUGCAAGCCAACGAUAUUUCUGUGUUCUAGCAUUUGGAUAGGACGGUUUUUUUCCCUGUACUGUGUACACACAGGCCUACGUCAAUCAGCUUUCGGUCUGAUUUUCUCAUCCAAUACCAGUAUCCAUCUUUCUUCUCGAGGGAUCAUCUGUCGUGUGGUGGAGAGCUGAGGACUUCGAACCAUGACACCUACACAGCUAUGAAUCCAACUGUCGUCCAUCUCUAUCAGCAGGACCCUUGGCAAGUAUCAUGGGUACUUGGUCCAAAAUCAUUCAAGCUAUAGAAUUUCAUUGAUAUUUCGUGAUUCCAUUGUGGCUGACUUCUUUCUCAAUAAGCUCAGUUGUGAAGGUAACGAAUUCCAUGAUAAGCAAGCCUUCCUCCAUAGAAUUUGCUCCUCCCACUGUUGACGUUCAGGCUUGGCGCACAGGCAAUAUCUGCCAAAAUUGAACCCUCGACAAGUGAAGUUGGUCAAUUUGACCGUAACCACGUAUUUACUGCCUUCGUAUCACAUUAACAUUCAUUCCUGCUUAUAUGAACACCCACAUGUGCAGCAGACGCAGACACACAAGGAAGUUUACCUUUGCAUAAGCGUUCGAAGCAAACACGUUGACCGUGGAAAUCAGGCCUCGCGACAACGAGGAGGCACAUCGGCAAUAAGGGACAGACACGCUG